CUUUCAGGAAAGAAUCAAGAUUAACAUUAGUAUGUUGCAGAGCAACGGGGACCUUCAGGAAGGACAGGUUGUCCUUAAUAUCACCUAUGUUAAUGGCCAAGUGUAUGUAAAUGACUUUCCACUGAAGAGUGGGGUUACCAGGAUAAAGUGCCAGACUUUGAUAUUGGAGAGUGGGAAUGCCGACAGCCUACUGAAUCAGAAGCGAUUAGGAAUUGUUAGUGUUCGCAUUAUGAUCCAUGAAUGGCCAUUGGCAUCCAGCUCCAACUUGCAGUUGAUUGUCGUUCAGGAAGAAGUGACAGAAAUUGAUGGAAAGCAG